GUAGCGCCUCGUCCAACUUCGUCGUGCCGCAUAAAAAGGCAACAGCUUUUUUUUCGCUGCAUCGUCAGUGACGAAAGUUAUUACCAAUGUGCUCAGUGGGUCGUGCGUGUACGUCUUAAGCACUUGGAUUCGAAGAAACCGAACGCACAGGUUGCACGAUAUUCGUGUCCCCCCGAUAUAACCUCCAACGAAAUUCAUUCGACUCCAAGCAUCAGGUAGCGAGAAGUUUUGUUUACUUAAGUAUCCGUAAGCAGAAGCACACAGGAGUAGUAGAGAAAACAUGCCACCAAAAGUGCCGACGAAGGAUCCGCGAGGAGGCAUCACGACAACGGUCGAGGUGGAAUGCUGGAAGCAGCGCCUGAAAUCCGAAAAUUCCAUCACCGCGGGCUCGUUGGCGCGCGACAUGGAGCGGGCAGGAGAUUUGAACAGGAAAAAUGUAUGGAUUGUAAAAAUGUCUGGGUCUGGAAGAUUUCUAGAUUUGUCAUGCAUAUUUUCCAUGACCCAUGAUGUCUCUGUCUGUCAUGCAUGCCUUAGCAUCACAGAUUUUUAGAGCGCUUUGUGAUGCCUCUACAGCAUGAGAAAUGACCUCUCCGCGCCGCACAAACUGGAGUCCUCUUGCUGGUCAUGCAAUACAAAUGUUUUCAGUAUCCAGAGACAGCAUCACAAGUUUAGAAUGUUCCAGACCCAGACACUUUUACAUUUGAUAAAAUGAUCUCUUGUACUACUACCGAGCAAAGGACGAGCCGGAUCGUCCCUUUGUGCAGUUCAGCUUGGACAAGGUACAGAUAGUACAUCUACAUUGCUUAUUUGUUGAUGUACAUAAGAUGAACUGCAGGUCGUGACAGAAUCAAAAAUCUCGUAGCCUUUAUUAAUUUCAACGCCUUUUGAUUUUUUUUAUUUUUUUUCAACAUGAUUGAUUCAGCUUCGAUCGGACGCGGGGUUUGACGUGAAGGCGAAGACGGACACCUUGUACCCGGAAUACACAAGACACAAGGAGGGCUUCAAAUCGAACCGCCCGGUGCGGACGUCGCAAGCAUACGGCUACUACGCCCCGCUGGAUCAGCCGAAGUACGGGUUUAACCGUACCAACGGCCUGGAUUCCUUCAUGGACAACUCGCACUUGUAA